AUGGCGGAGCAGAGCGACUCGCCGGUUCACGUCCAGCAGCCGCCACAGCCGCCGCUGCCAACGCCGCCACAGCCGGCGCCGGCUGCAUCGCCUCCGACUCCUGCGCCCGCUCCCGCUCCGGCACCCCAAGCCGUCGGCUGGCCCAUUUGCCGGGACGCCUAUGAACUGCAGGAGGUGAUCGGUAGUGGUGCUACAGCCGUAGUCCAAGCAGCACUAUGCAAACCCAGGCAAGAACGUGUAGCAAUAAAAAGAAUCAACUUAGAAAAAUGCCAGACCAGUAUGGAUGAAUUACUUAAAGAAAUUCAAGCCAUGAGUCAAUGCAACCAUCCCAACAUAGUUACAUAUUAUACAUCUUUUGUGGUCAAGGAUGAGCUUUGGUUGGUUAUGAAACUGCUUAGCGGAGGCUCAAUGCUGGAUAUAAUUAAGUAUGUUGUCAACAGAGGAGAGCACAAGAGUGGUGUUCUUGAGGAGUCAAUAAUAGCAACAAUUCUUAAAGAGGUUUUGGAAGGCUUGGACUAUCUACACAGGAAUGGACAAAUUCACAGGGAUUUAAAAGCUGGUAAUAUUCUUCUGGGUGAAGAUGGCUCUGUACAAAUAGCAGACUUUGGUGUUAGUGCAUUUUUAGCCACAGGAGGUGAUGUUACUCGUAACAAAGUAAGAAAGACGUUUGUUGGUACUCCGUGUUGGAUGGCUCCUGAAGUCAUGGAACAGGUGAGGGGCUAUGACUUCAAGGCUGAUAUCUGGAGCUUCGGAAUAACAGCCAUUGAAUUAGCAACAGGAGCUGCACCUUACCACAAAUAUCCUCCAAUGAAAGUGUUAAUGCUGACAUUGCAAAACGACCCUCCAAUAUUGGAAACGGGUGUGGAAGAUAAGGAAAUGACAAAGAAGUAUGGAAAGUCCUUUAGAAAACUAAUUUCACUGUGUCUUCAGAAAGAUCCUUCUAAAAGGCCUACAGCAGCUGAACUUUUAAAAUGCAAAUUCUUCCAAAAAGCGAAGACUAGAGAAUACUUGAUUGAGAAACUGCUUACAAAGACACCUGACAUAGGACAAAGAGCAAAAAAGGUUAGGAGAGUACCGGGAUCUAGUGGCCAUCUCCACAAGACAGAAGACGGGGAUUGGGAAUGGAGUGAUGAUGAAAUGGAUGAAAAGAGUGAAGAGGGCAAAGCUGCUUUUUCCCAAGAAAAGUCACGAAGAGUAAAAGAGGAAGAGAAUGCUGUGAUUUCCAUGAAUUCCAGCAAUAUCCCUGAUCAAAUACAGAAUCUGUCUAUAAAAAGUCCUCAGACUCGACCUGCUGUUAGCAAUGAAUAUGGUGAAGUUCCAUGUGCAGUGAAUCUUGUUUUAAGACUAAGGAAUUCCAGAAAGGAACUUAAUGACAUACGAUUUGAGUUUACUCCAGGCAGAGACACAGCAGAUGGUGUAUCUCAAGAGCUGUUCUCUGCAGGCCUGGUUGAUGGCCACGAUGUAGUUAUAGUUGCUGCUAAUUUACAAAAAAUAGUAGAUGACCCCAAGGCCUUGAAAACAUUAACCUUUAAGCUGGCUUCUGGCUGUGAUGGUACUGAGAUCCCGGAUGAGGUAAAACUGAUUGGGUUUGCUCAGUUAAGUGUGAGCUGAUGCCAAACACUGGACCCCCAGCAAAAUGGUGGAGAUUGCAAAGAGGCCAGCUUUCCAUUGCGAAGGAAAAUUUUCAAGCACCACACACUGAGUUCUGCUUCAUUCUAUAGCAAUUCACCAAGUUGGAACAAGCAAAGCCCACAGCAACACUGCUCCUGCUAACAUUCCAAAAGCUACUAAAUGUGUCUCUAGCAAUCAGUUCGGAUUUCCCUGAAGUAAAAACAGACGGAUUGGAAAUGCACUCAGGUGGCCGUAUCCAUUGGUUACAAAAGGAAUUUCCUAUCAGAGCUUUUUCUUCUUUAAUUAAAAAGAAUCCAGUAAUAACUAUUUUAGUGGAUAAUACUGACUCUCUUCUGUUGUAUGUAGAAAUGAACAUAAUUAUAAAUGCUAGGGUUUAUUAGCCAAACUUGAAUUCCUGUUUUAAAAUCAACUGUGAAUUUUAUUUUUCCCCUCCCCAUAUUUAUGCAUUGUACAUCCUAGCUGUAACAAAUGU